AUCGAGCAGGCACUUAGUACUUUACCUCUGGCGGAGUUAGACCUCUUAAAAUUUGGUCAGGGGAUUUCUUUGCAGUCUUUCUGCCUCGUGAGCUACCUAUGCGUUGAAGUUCUUUGUAAACUAGCAAACGCAAACCAUUUUAUCUCUGGAUUUUUAUUUAAUCGUUUCUUUUAUUAAAACAGGUCUAAUACGGAAAUUGUCGCCACUUGGACUUAAAUACAUUGGAUUUUUAGAAAAUGCAGUUGAAUCUGGAUUGCUACUCGUAGGGAUUGCGUUAUGUCAUCUACAUGGAGUUUCGUACGAGAGCAGUUACCGGGUUUUUAACCCUUGAACUUUUGCUUGUAGGCCCCCUAUUCAUAUCAAAUUGCCUGGCUUUCCCAAGCAAGUUUGCCGAUUCGGACAUACAUGAAAUGGACCACUCACAAAAGCCUGUUUCACAAUUUACAAACCACCAAAGACAAGGCAAGGGCAAUGAACAUAUGGAAACUGUUUCGCAUUUAGUUUAUGAUUUGAAUGAAAUCAAUAAAAUGUCUGAAAGAACGUUCUUUUCAGAAUCGACUCCUGAUAGGCCUCCAAAGGCAUUUCUAACUGUUGACAAGAACUCGGAUUUUAGUGGUAAUUCCUCAGUGCACAGUCGAAAACGACGAAGUAGCAACGAAAUAUUGUCGGUAUGCGAUCAGUCCACAAGCUGGACCCGUAAAAAAUGGGCCAUGUCUUUCUAUGGAGAAAAUGUUACCGUUGUGGAACGCAUUAAAACAUUUGAUAAAAGUCAUACGGCCCAAUUUUUUUACGAGACAUCUUGCUCUAAAAAGGGGUCAAAUAAGAACGGAUGCCGAGGCAUCGACGCCGCAUUUUACAGCUCGGAAUGCAUUACGAAAGAAUCGUAUGUGUAUGCGAUUGUUAGAAACAAACAAGGACAAGAAGGGUGGAACUGGAUCGCAAUUAAUAGUUCGUGUGACUGUGCAUUGCGACUUAUGCCUAAAUCCCAUCGGGUGCGCCAUCAUCGUAGCCGUUGCCGACGACCAUUAGUGCACCCAUGACACAAGUGACAAAAAUAUUUUUUUCGGCAAUAACGAAAAGAGACAUACAAUCACAGGAGAAAAAGGACGGGAAAAAAGAGAAGCUGCAGAUACGUUCGAACCCACAAGACCUGUAAUUACCACAAUUGAUAUUUGUGACCGUGAUAGUAGUGUGACUGUCAACUUUUAAAAGAUUCCAGUAGCCGUGUGGAUGUUUUAGUUGUCUGUUCCUAUGUCGAAGCCGCCAUCCCUCGACGAGAUGUGCAAACUUUCCCUGUGAUAAAACGGUAAACUCGCCAGUUGUCCCAUUUUUGUCCUAUGAAAAGUAAUCCAAGCAUCGAUUUUGUACUUUCAAAUUCAGUGUGCAAGUGCACCAUGUGUCGUCACGCGUAGCUCAAAACAUGUGAAUUGCUUUGUAUGUCAGCGUCUCGUUAAUUUGUAGUUUUGAUACAAUAUUUAAAAAAGAAGCUUUAGAAAAGAAGAAAAUACAAUUUUAACCUUCACAGGGAAGGUGCUUAAAACUAUGUUACAUACAAUCGUAUUUGUGACAGUUCCUUUUUUCUACGACACCGAUUAGAAUGUGGAAUUAAAAUUGAAAUAGGUACAAUUUGAAGACUGAAUGUGGAAUGUAGACCCCACUGACAUUAUCACUAAUAUACUCUGUUGUGAAAGUUAUUGUGUAUGUGUAUUAUACUAUCAUUCGUCAUUACUUGUUACCUGUUGGUAUUCAUGGACGUCGUCGAUAAUAAUAAUAAUCGUCGGCGUUUUCCGGAGUUCGUUGGAAUUAUUCGGCAUUCUUCGGCAUUGGACUUCAAAUGAGGCUGAAACUGUAAGCACGCUGCUGUGAAACUAGAAGUGUUUUCUUUGAAAACUUUGUAGAACAUAAACUGUACUUAUCAACUGGUAAAUUCUGCAAAAAAUAGUUUCACGUUGUAAUUAAUGAAUUGAAGCUAAUAAUCAAACAUUCCCUUCUGCGUAGGCACAUCGUUGCCUAGCAACAUAAUGCGCACAGAAACAACUUGAAUGAUUAGCUGAGGUGAACAUCAAGUCGAUAAGUUAAAGUAAGAAAAACGUUUAGAUCGGUUCGCUUACACAAUUUAAAGAAAUAUAUUUGUUUAACGUAAUUAAAGUUAUUAGUAGUAUUAAAUUAUUCUAAGAUGUGGUGAGUAAAAUUGAGGUUAUUAAUGACUCAUUUUAAGCUUUAUUUCUGUAUUGUUGUUAUUCAUACAUAAACACCAAUAGACCUAAAUAUGCAACUCAAGUUGUAUGAAUAUUUAUAUCGCAUUGUAAAUUACAUGUAUUGUUCAUGUUCUUGAAGCCUAUGGAAUACUAAUAUAAUUUAUAUUGAUAGAGUUCUAUCAAGGUGUUUUAAUACCUCCUUGGUUAUAUUAAAAAUCAAAGCAUGAAUUUGGUUUUUACUAGUUUAAUUUAUAUUAGUUAAAUACUUAUUUAUUUUGUCAGCAGUAUUAUUACAUACACAGAAUUGGCCUAUUUGUUUUAAGCUUUUAAACAUUUUAUCAUGUUGCUAAAGUAUCAACAUAGACCUAAUGUAAUUUUUAAGCCCGAAGAAGUUCACUAAACGCCUUACAAAGUUAAAAAAGUGCCCUUAUGAAAACAGAAUCAUGAACAAAUGGAUCAUACGUAAUUUAUAUUAUCGAUUGCCAAUAAGUUUGAGGCUGAUGCAUCCUUAGAUAAAGUGAGGACACUGUCUCUUA